GUAACACGAACGCGACGCCGCACGCAGGACGGUGUGACUCCUGGUGCUCCACUACCGAAUGGGCUAUGUCUAUGCAGGCGUCGCUACACAGGGGGUAGCAAUUGCAUACAUAUAUAUAUACACUUAUACAUACCUGCAAGAGCAUUCACCCAACGAGUGACGGUGCUUCCUACAUAAGUGCCGCAAACCUAUACGGAUCGGCACGCACGCCGAGCAGUGGGGGAACCCCGUGCACCCCUCCCCCCCUGCUACCCCCGUCCUAACAUGCUCCCCCGAAGGGUAGCCUUCUACCGCCAUGCGCACGAGCAGUUAAAAUUAUUUUUUCAAAAAAGUGCAUCCCAUGAAAGGGGUAAAAUAAAAACAGGGGGCCACGCCUACAGCUCCAUCGUCGGGAAAUACAACAAAAGUGAAAAGAAGAAGUUUAUCAUCUCGUCGUGUAAAACGUCGACGGAUUUUAAGAAUGGCCAGUGGGGAAAGCAGAAAGGGGGAAAACCAGCUAACAGAACAAAUCCACAAAGCAGCAACAAUUUUUUCCUGAACAGAAUAACGCAUAAACAGAAUGGAAAAAAAAAAACAUGCGAUAGAAACGAAAUGACCGAAAUUGUGGAAGUCACCAGAAUUAGCAACAGAUACAUAAGACACAUUUUACCUAAACAGGGUCUGCAUUAUUUGUACUCAUACCAGUAUGCUCUGAUUGAGCUGCUAAACCGGGGCAAUAACGUCUUGGUCAGUUUGCUCUACUCUGACUGCAUGGUAUCUUACGUGGCUUAUUCAUUUUACAAAAUAAAUGCCGCUAAUGUGGAUGCACAAGGGGGGGUAUUAACAUCUAACAGGGAGGGAGACAACACCAUUUCGAUAGAAGAUAAGACAAAAAAGAGGAGAAAAAAAAAUAAUUUCAUAUGCCCAGACAAGUCCGUACUUAUUGUGGCCUCAUCACAGGCACAAACCUCCGCGCUUCACGAAACGAUCAUAAAAUUGAAACCUCCAGAUGUGUCAACCUACUUAAUAAAUAACGAAGGGAACAUUCAAACGGUGAAAUCCAAUUAUUUUCUUUACAAUAUAAUCAUUUUGAACGCUGAAAGCUUCCCCCCCCAAGGCGAUUUCUCCGUUUUGCUGGAGCUUGUAAACUUCAUCAUAAUGGAUGACUUGAGCGAGCUGUACCGGUUACAGAUGGACUCUACGGUGAAAAAUAUUUUAACAACCUGUAAGGAGAAGCAAGACCGGGGGGAUGCCCUGCAGGUUUUGCUCGUGAAUAAAUCGCAUGACCAGUGGGUCGUGAAUGACUUGCUGCAGCACGCGCGGGGUGCAAAGUAUGAGGUUAUUGCGGAGGGUUCGAUGGACCCGGUUGGCCAGAUUGACCCGGUUGGCCAGAUCGACCCGGUUGGCCCGAUUGACCCGAUUGACCCCUUCAACCUGCAUAGCUCGGGGAGUGCCUCGCUCGACGAUCAGGGGAAGUCCCCCCCAGGGAAGAGGCCACACAGUCGCGGUAAAACCACCUCAGAAGGCGUCGCCCCACGAUGGGGAACACCCCUCCACUACGUCAACCUACGGAGGUACAGAAAGAACAACUGCGACCAUCUGAGCAUUUGUGCCCCCAUGAGUGAGGACAGAAAAUUUUUAAUUCUCUUUUACCUUCUAAGAAAGGAGCAAAAUAAAAAAAUAAUAAUUUACUACAAUAAGAGUGACGUGUACGCUUUCUAUGGAUUUGUCAAUGCGUACAUCCCUUGCGUGUUCGUGUCGAGGGCACACAAAGGUGACUACAAGAACAGCAUAGUGAGGACGUUUAACAAGACGGGGGAGUAUGUGCUGAUCACGGACGACAUGAGCAUAAAGAAGGCCCACCCCGUGGAUGCGCAUGUGCAUAUACACUACACCUUCCAGGAGGGCGCGAAUUUGUACGUGGACGCGCUGUUCGAGGGGGUUCCCGGCGAUGCAAUUAGCCCUACUGCAGUCAGCCCUACUGCAGUCAGCGGCGUGCUUGCAAGUGGUCGCUCCACGGAUGGCCCCCCCGCCGCGUCGACCCAGUCCAUCCUGUUCUACAGCAAAAAGCAGCGCAAGCAGUACGAAGCGAUCAACGCGAUUUUUAACUUCAAGAGCUACCCCCUACCGCCCGCCAAGGAGCUAAAAGGUAAUUUCCUCACCUUUCUGAUUGACGAAAUUAAGGAGGUCGUCGUUGAAGACAAUAAGCACUUGGAGGAGGCCCAAAAAAUUCACGAGAAAUAUGGGCACGCCUUCCUCUCCGCAGCGUUAUAUUAUAUACAAAAAAAAAAACUCUUUAAAAAAAAUUUAAAAAAAAAAGAUUAUUCCAAUGUGACAUUCAUCGUAGAGAGGAACACGCAGCUCCACACGAAGGGGACCGUUUUAACCUUUUUAAACGAGUUGUUGAAUUUAAAAAAAAACGUUGGAGACAUCAAUUUUUUUGUUCAAAAUUAUGUGUACUGCAAGAGGGGGUAUAUCAUGACCGUGCCCGAGGACAUAUACAACGUGAUGCACAAGAAUAAAAGUGCCGGCGCGAAUGCCGGCAGGUGGGCCCACCUACACAUGUAUAUUCUGUAUAACAACUAUGAAAAGCGGUUUAGGGCUACACACCUCAGGAGGGGGGUAUACAAGUCGAAGAAGUCGCUCAGGAGACUCAAAAAACGAGUGAACAUGAAGAUGGAACGAGUCGAAAUGAGCAAACUGAAGAGCUGGAUGUCCUCCACGUUUAAGUUAAACAGGAGGAACGUAAAAAGGGACGCUUCACCGGGGGGAACAGCGGGUCAGCCGACUUGA